AUGUACUUCUCCAACAUCCUCGUCACUCUGGCCUCGAUGGCCACCAUGGCUUCUGCCAUUCCCGCCCCUGAUGCCCUCCUCGACACCACCUCGAGCAUCUCCCCCGCCGAUUUCACCAUCAACCUCGACAAGACCGGCGCCGCUCUCGAGACCCGCACCAGCUUCUCCUGCCCCGGUGCCAUGUCCUACUGCCCUUGGACCAAGGCCUGCUCUUGCCCCGUCGGACAGUCCUGGGACGCCCGAUCCAAGCGAUGCGCCGGCACCAAGACCACCGGCUGCUACGCCAAGCCCAAGGCCAGUGCCUACGUCAGCGCCGGUGUUGAUGUCAAGCUCGGCACUUACUGUGCCGCUUCCCCCUACAAGAUCGUCAAGUACGAUACUCGCCACUCUUACUGCCAGGCCAGCCUCAAGAACACCGUCUUCCUUGCCCCUCUGGCCGUUGGUGCCGAGAUUGACCUCUAUGGCGGUGCUGCCAUCGAUGUCAAGGCCAAGGCCAGUGUCAGCCUCCGAGCCGUCUGCUCUGGUCUUGCUGGUCUCUACCUCGAGAGCUCCGUCGAUGCUGUCGCCCUCUUCAACACCGACAAGUACGGAUACUCUGUCCGCCCUGGUAGCGUCACUGGUGGUCUCUCUUUCGCCAUCACCGACUCUAUCAAGUCUCUGACCUGCCGCCUCGGUCUCGGAAACUGCGCUGUCUACGACUGUGUCUCUUACUGCUCCAAGGGCUGCAAGAACUACAUUGACGUCCGCGGCAACGUCGGUGGCUACGUCAGCGGCCUUGCUGGCUUCUGCGUUGUCAAGGACUCCGUUCUCUUCGUCAACAAGGUUGGUGCUUGCGCUACCCUCAAGAUCGAGGGACUCCUCCGCAUUGUUGGCAGCAUUCACGCCAGCAUCAAGGGUCUCUUCAAGUGCAACUGCUAA